ACCGGUACAACCUGGAUUGUUGGCGUGUUGGCGUGACGGUGUCAACGAGGGGCACGUGUUAUUAGCCGUUUCCGUUUGCCUUUUGCAGUCCCGCUGAGACGCAGGCGAAUUUUUGAGCAAGGCAAACACACCAAUCGCAACCUCGCAAAAAACACGUUGACAACCAGUGAGUGGAAGACAAGCAGAACUCCAAUAAUAAGAAAGGUAACAAUAGAAUACAUGUAACACACAGGACCGAGGUCAAGCUCUAUCUGUUGCCGGUUCCAGUUGCUUGACGAAGUUGUCAAGAGCAGAUCAGUCUGGUCGGCGACAAAUUUUUUUUUGAAUGCAUGAAGGAGCAACAACAACAAGACGAUGAAUUGGCUCAAUUCGCUAGACAACAUUUUGGAGCGUGGUUUGGUGGGACGAGAAGACGAUGAGUACACGGAGGACGACGACGAUUAUUCCGAAAGCGCUGGCAAUGAUAAUAAUAAUGGGACAUGGUCAGAAGACGAUGACGAUGAGUCCACCGAUCACGUACAACUGGCAUUUGUCAGCAAGGACGAAGAGAAUUCAGCCGCGAAGGCAAGAGGAACAAAAGCAAAGAAAGAAGCACCAAAGAAGAAACAAGGUAGUCCCAACUUGCCCUCUAAAAUCAGCAUCACCAACCAGCCCCGCCAGGGAAAAGCACCCAAUAGCGGUGGUGGUAGUGCCUCUGCUGCUGUGAGACCAGGAAAUAUUCGACUUCGAAUGAUGCGGAACCUCCCUUCCGAUGACGACGAAUCGGACAGCGAAGACGAAGGUGCAAGCGACAACAAGCUUAUUCUCUCCUCGGAGAACAGGGUCGAAAAGGAUAUUAUACCGACACCAAGUUUGACUAACCAACAGAUUCGUCAGGUGCCUUUACAAGAAUCAAUGCCGCAAUCCGAACAGCCUCAAGAGCAACUUCAGUUACCAGAAAAUGACAACAACAAACUUCCUAGGACUCUGAAAAAUGACAGCGUUCCAGUUGUGGACGAACGAAAACUAUUGGAGGAACAGUCUCAGCAUGAUUCGGUUGAGAGAGCAGUAGAGAAGCAGACACAAGAACUUGGCAAUCUUGGUGAAACUGCUCAGAAUGAAACAUAUCCUGGUUCCGACAAACCUCCAAAAAUAAUGGGGCUUUCUGAUCCACAUCCAGCAGAGCAACCUGAUCAACGCCCACAGUCGAAGGUGCCAGAAAAUGACUCACGUGGUGGUGACGCUGCAAGAGCACAGGAGAAUACACUCCUUAAUACAGAUGCGCCAACGGAGAAGCAGACGCAUUUUAGUGACAAUACUCAAACAUCAGAGAUAUCAAGGGCAGAUACUUCAUCUGGUACGGAUCAGGUGCGCAACGAUGCAGAUCCAGCAGCUUCAUUGCCACAACAGCAAGACAACCCAAAAUCGUCCGUCUCCACCGACACUGCAAUUCAUGAUGAAGGCAACAAGACGACAGCGAAUGCCAAGCAAGGGAGAGGAAGUUGGGUUCCAGCGUUGUCUCCGCUCAGCUUGUCGAGCCAAUCAAAUACAGAAACAGAGCCGUCUCCAGCUUCCAAUAUAUUGCAGCCUGCUCAUUACCGAAAACAAGCUCUGCAACCCUACGAAUCCCCCAUUUCCCAAACCAUUACUGUAACACCGGCUGAUUACCGGAAACAAGCGAUGCAACCCUACGAAUCGCCUUCCAAGGCAGUCUCCGACGAUUCUGGAGUUGUUGGCUCGGUUCUAGGAAAGAAAGUGUCGCCACGAGAAACUCAACUGCCAGGCUACACCCAAUCAUCCUUCCCAACAUUUUCUGCCCCUUUGCCACUGCCAACGUUGUCAGUGAGCGCAACACCACCGCGAGCAGCACUUGAAGUCCUACCUGUCUCCGAAAAUGACGCAAUACAAUGUCUAUCAAUGGCCACCCCAAUUCAAAGCAACAAACAACUUAUAAACAUUGUUGCUCCUCCUGAAGAAACAGCCGGAAAUGUGCAACCAAAGCUUGCGCCACCGCCCGUCAUGGCAGAACCGUCGACCAACGAAUCCGUUGCGUCGUCUGGCUGGUCCUGGUCAGCACGCAGCGUAGAGGGUGAUGACAAUGUCAGUGAUGAUGAAACAGUAGAAAAUCAAGAAUCAUCUCUACUAGACUCCGGCAAGGAAUCGCAGCCACGGGCAAUAGUCGAAGCCAGUUUUCUUAUUAAACAGCCACAACAACAAACAAAUCAACAAUCAGGUGACUCUUCUAACACAGAUCUCAAAGCAAAGACAGCUUUAGAUUAUUUCAGCGACGAAGAAGUCAAGACUUUAGCCAGUGAACUUGAAGAAUUGCGUUCCGUGGUAGACGCUGUGGGGCACGACGAAAUCAAGAAUGCGCAGUCUGAUGCUGACGAUCAGCAACACAGCGACUUCGAAUCAUCUCUAAACUUGAAAGAACAAGUUACGUCACAACCAGACACCGAUAGCGUCGGCGAGCACAAAGAUGAUGGAUUGAGAGACCAACGAGCAACGCCAGAAGGUUCUGUUGCGCCAUUGAAUGAUGUGCCUUACAAAGUAUUUGUGAACAAGCCGACUUCUGAGAUUGAAUCCCAGGAGGAAAGCGGUAUCGAUUCCUCUCUCCAGCACACAGAGCUGGAACCAAUUCGCACGAGCAUCAUAGAAGAUGUGAGCCAGCAGUCCGCCAGUGCGAAAACCAUUAAAAAAGUGACACCCUCUUCGCCGUUCGAGGUCGACAGAUUCUCUACGACCUGGAACGAGGAAGCCUCCAAUCUUGCUCCGCUGAAUUGCUAUGGUGCUUUCCACUUUAAACUCCUUCGUGCUCAACGUCUUCCGUGUCCAAUCGGCACAACUGUUCGGGCAGUGGUUUCACUCUCGCCGUGGAAAGGAAGCGCUCGAACUCGAAAGACCACAACGUUUCUUUUGGACCAAGAGGCUAACUCUUUUGAUCAUGGAGUGUGUGCCCUGUGGGACGACAAGGAAGUGGGUUCAACAGUGUCUCUCGUGCACGCAUACGCAUCAGAAGCAACUCCGGUUCCUACCCUAAAGCUUCAGCUCAUGAUGAGUCCUAUGAACAUGCUUGAAUUCUCGAUGUGUUCGUUAAGUCUUCCUUGUGAUGACUUGAUGAAGUGCCCAGGUCAAUGGACCCGACAAUGGUUCUUGGCGGAGAUGUCAGACGUCAAGACAUCCAAUGAUGGCCAGUUUUUUGGAGAGGAUCAUCGAGCAGCGAUGGAACUCGAAGCUAUUUUUGUGCCGGAAGACCGAAGUCUAGGGUAUUCCUUUUUGAACUUGGGACAGCUCAGCGAGACUCAAUUUGACGAAGACAGUGUAGUCAUUGACCCAAGUGCUAGUGAUCCCACCAAGAUCGAGAAAUCGGGUGCGGUUAAGAGCCAAGAAAUCGAUGUGGAGCGAACAGCAGAGGCCCAAGAGAAGGAUGAGUUGGCUCCUGCUGGGACGCCUCAUCUCUUGCGGAUCAAAAAGUUUUGGAAACCGGCACACUGUGCCCAAUGUUCAACCAGUUUGUUUGGUUGGAACAAAGCGAGUUUCCGAUGCGAAGCUUGUGGAGUCGACAGCUGUGGCGAUUGUCGACUGCACUUGGAUGUACAGCUUCCUUGCGGCUCGAGUAGAGCAGCCGAUAUUGUCAGCAAGGCAAUUCAAAACAAGCUAACAGUCACCAGAUUCCUUGAGACGAUGGCACCGGUGGACGAGGUCUACCAAGAAAGGAAGCAGAGGGAGAAACUUUGGCCGGACGGAGAGAUGUCGAUGGCGGACACGAGGACAGUCACCGAGUCGGGGACGCUUUCUGGGACUCGAGUCGAAAAGGGACGAGUUGGUGUGUUGAAGCUAAAUGUUGCUCGAGCCUGCGUCUUUGGUGACUCUCUUUCGCCCGUCGCAGAGCCCGACGAAGUCACGAACCACCAAGGUGAGCUUCGACCAGGUGAUUAUUACGUUCGUGUCUGCCGAACAGACAGCGAUGGUUUUGCAAGGACCAGGAGUAUACCUAGCGACGGGAACCUCAAGUUUGAAGAAACAAGUGAGAUGCGGUUAGAUGCAUCGCACUAUGGAGUGAACUUCUUCAUUGAGGUCGUCGACGCCCUGACCGACAAACCUGUGGGCACCAGUGUGCUCACAACCCAAGGUCUUUUGCAACAGCAACGCGACCAUCAAAUAGAAAGCGGAGCAAUGGCGAUCCUCACCCUGGGAACAAAGCCCCCAGUCUUCAAGGGAAAACGUCGAAUGACUCUCGAACUGCGCACUGGCGUCAAAAGAGGCAUCACUUCCGAUUUCUUUGUCCCAACCGACAGCAAGGCAGAGCAGGGUAACAUCAGCGGCUGGGUGGAGAUCUCUGUUGGUCUUGAAGAGGAUGUGAAUCGCCUUUAUUCCGGGUCGACGCCGUAUGAAUGCCCUCCUCCCCCACCUGACACCCUCAACCUCGCCACACUGAACCUCCAUAUAUCUCGAAUAUCAGAUCUGGUUGAAGACCUUGGCAAUUUCUUGGGAGCCUACCAAUAUCUCGUCUCGUGGAAGGAUCCUCUCCUCACUGGCUUCACUUUCAUGAUGUUUCUUGCGUUGUCUGUCAAGUUUGACUCGGAAUAUGUUGGUUGCCUACCCUUCCUGCUAGUGAUGCUCUUCAUGCUUUAUUCUGCCUUCUCCAGAACGAAAUUUGCUCGCAAAGCAUGUUUUGUCAACGAGGAAGCUGAAGAAUGGAGAUCGGCUGAGAAAGAAAUCGGGGUCAAGUAUUCGCUACAUCGACCAAUUGGGAGAAUGGACGUCUCGGUUACCAAAGGGACGAACAUUCGUUCACGAGAAUUGGGGCUGCCGGGGAAUGUUGCGUGUCGAGUUUACUACGACCCCCUGCGCUUCGCCAGCAAGAAGCAAAGAGAAAAACUCAUAGACGUCGACAAAUCCGCCAAAACCAUUCACGAUAUUGGGACAACUGAGUCGAAGUACACAGCCGAACCAGUCUGGGAGAGCUUAAAUGAGAGUGAUGAAGCAAAGAGACUAAAGCAGGUGCUUCCUCGCCACGGAUUGUUUUUUGAAGAGGAGGCGAGCCAAGCCGAGAGUUGCGAGUUUCCGAUCCUGCAACCGUUCAAGGUUGACGACGACGACGAUGGCGACUUCCACAGCGCAACCUUGGAACCGUGGGCGGCAUCAACUGGAGGUGUUGUGUUUCAAAUCCGCUUCACUGACAUUCUCAAUCUUCUCCCUGGCUCAGAUCAAAUAUUUGGGGAGGUUGUGAUUCCUCUUUCGACGUUGGUUGAACGACGCGAGAUGUCGGGAUGGUAUGAUGUGCUUGAUGUUGGCACGAAGAUGUUUUCUGGUGCCGACGAGAGUCACGUCAACGGGCCACCAGGUUACAUAGAAACAGAUAAACCAGUUGUUUCUGGAUUGUCCGAAGCAUCGUUAGCCGAGGGCACUAACGUGCCAAAGGUCUUUUUGUCAUUGAAAUGGUCGCCUCCGGACGAUAGCACGAGCAGCAUUGAAACUGAACAUGAAGCUUCCAUGGUCAUUCAGGAAGAACUACUAAGGUGGGAAGUGACAAACAGGGACAAAGACAAGCUCAAGAAGUUGGUGGUUGGAACCACUGGCGCUUUCAAGACCGUGAGUGGUUUCGCGGGGACGUUGCAACUUAUCCAGAAUUUCUUGGGAAAAGUGGUCAAUACAAUCGAGGCUGUGCGUAACCUUUUGAACUUUACGGACCCUUUCAAAUCCACGGUGGUUCUAUCACUGGUAACCAUCUUGUGGUUGAUACUCUCUCUGGUGCCUACAAGAGUUGUAGUCCUGGUUGCAGGAUUGGCGCAGUUUGGAAUCACAGCAAAGACCAGACUUGAAAAGAUCUUCGUGACCGAGGACGCAGACAUAAAUGACGAUGCCAGCGAGGCUUCUGGCCUGGACGAUGAAGACGCAGACGCCCCUGUUGUCCUCUGGCUGAAGAAUGCGUUUCUCGGGCUCCCUACCGAUGAAGAGCUUCGAAAGGCAUAUUUUUGGGAAGGGCGACGUAUUGGCGCAAAGACGCGAGAGCGUUACUCGUCCGAAAAGCGCCUUGCUAGACUGCAGCGGCUGUGGCGCGCGCAAUGGCAUGCUACCCUAAAGAUAAGGGUUGAUACCAGCACCAAGAAGAAGACCAAGAAGGGAACGGCUGAUCCUACCUGGGACACGAUCUUCGCUGUUGUCCAAGGCCGGCGGUUUCUUUGGUGGAAAACGGUCACAGACUUCGACAAUGGUGCAACACCGUCAGGACGGAUCUUCCUUGCUGGCCACGCGGGGCUAUCAGGGCUGUCCCCGCUGGAGAUGAGGGAAAUCAAUCCAAAGGAUGUGCCUCUCGUUGUUGGCAUCUUUGGAAGGGGAUUGAAAGAGCAGCAAAGAAUCACUCUUCUCCUGCCGAGCGAAGAACUAAAGGAUUCUCUCGAGAAUGCAAUCAUCGAUGCCUCGGUCAAAGAGGACUAGACCCGCGUCGGUUUUAGUUAUGUACCGGUUAGUACCUCGCGAUGCUGAUGGCACGGUCAACGACGGCCGGCUACCCUAAUGGUGCACCUGAAUAUAGUCGACUGUAACAUACUUAGUGGGAUUGGAUGUGCGUCCACUUUUCCU